ACUCAAGAGUUUUCCUCCCAGCUGUAUCUUGUGACCUACUGAUCUCACCACCUGCAAUUCUCCCCUCAGCUUACACUCACCCCUCCUGCCCCUCUUUCUUUUUCUUAUACUUCUAAUAAUCCCCUGACUCGUGUGAAGACCUACUGUUAGAGCCAAAAUGGAGGACACUUACAAUAACAGGACUUCCCUGUCCAAGGGGGCCAAGGACAUAGUGAAGGAGGCCAAGCGGCAUGCAACAAAGAAAGUCAACAAAGCGAUGGACCGCGCCACGGAUGAAUACUCAUCCCACCGUAACUACAGUCGCUUCCAGGAUGAGGAGGACGAAGAUGAGGAUUUCUACAGGAACCCACCAAGGCAGGACGGAGAGCGCUUCCAUGACAAUGAGGAGGGCUCCAGCGAUGCUACUGAGGGCCAUGAUGAUGAGGAUGAGAUCUAUGAAGGGGAGUACCAGGGGAUCCCUGCCGCAGGAGACAAGAAGCAUAAGGAUGGUCAGGUAGCGCUGGGGCAGCCUGUGUCAGAUGCCACAAGGGACCGUAAGGUGUUGGAGGAGGAGAGGCAGGCCGACGAGGAGGAGCUGGCCCAACAAUAUGAGCUGAUCAUCCAAGAGUGUGGACAUGGGAGGUUCCAGUGGCAGCUCCUGGUGCUUGGACUGGCCCUCAUGUCAGAUGGGGUGGAGGUGUUCGUAGUGGGCUUUGUUCUGCCCAGCGCAGAGACAGACAUGUGUGUGCCUAACUCCAGCUCAGGAUGGCUAGGCAGUGUUGUUUACUUGGGGAUGAUGGUUGGAGCGUUCUUCUGGGGUGGUAUGUCUGACAAAGUGGGCCGCAGACAGUGCCUCCUCAUUUGUAUGUCUACCAAUGGCUUCUUCGCCUUCCUUUCAUCUUUUGUCCAGGGAUACAGCCUUUUCCUCCUCUGCCGUGUCUUCGCUGGCUUCGGGAUAGGAGGCGCUGUGCCCAUCGUUUUCUCCUUCUUUGCUGAGGUGUUGUCCAGGGAGAAAAGAGGAGAGCACCUCAGUUGGUUGUGUAUGUUCUGGAUGAUAGGAGAGAUCUAUGCAUCUGCUAUGGCAUGGGCAAUCAUACCACACUAUGGUUGGAGUUUCAGCAUGGGUUCAGCAUACCAGUUUCACAGCUGGAGGGUGUUUGUGGUUGUCUGUGCCCUGCCAUGUGUGUGUGCUGUGGUGGCACUCACCUUCAUGCCUGAGAGUCCCAGGUUCUACCUUGAGGUGGGGAAGCAUGAUGAAGCCUGGAUGAUCCUCAAACAGAUCCAUGACACCAACAUGAGAGCGCGUGGGCAACCAGAGAAAGUCUUCACUGUAAACAGAAUCAAGAUCCCAAAACAGCUGGACGAACUGGUGGAAAUGGAGUCAGAGUCGGGGAACCCAGUUUCAAAGGCUUUCUUCAGGAUUAGGGCAGAAGUACAUGGGAUCUAUCUGAAUCUCAUGAAGUGCUUCAACUACCCUAUGAGAGAAAACAUGAUGCGACUUGCCAUAGUGUGGUUUACACUUUCAUUUGGGUAUUAUGGCCUUUCAGUCUGGUUCCCUGAUGUCAUCAAACACCUUCAAGCAGACGAGUAUGCCUCGAAGGUGAAGCUCCACAGCAAUGAGCGCAUUGAAGACUUCACCUUCAACUUUACCCUGGAGAACCAGAUACACAGAAAUAGCCUCUUCCUCAAUGACCGGUUCAUCAAUAUGAAGCUGAGGUCUGUCACCUUUAUUGACUCUACCUUUCGCAACUGCUACUUUGAUGAUGUGACAUCGGUGGGCUCCUCCUUCCGUAACUGUACUUUCAUUGAUGCUUUUUUCUUCAACACAGACAUUGAUGACUCCAAGUUGAUAGAUGGCACAGAGGUGAUCAACAGCACAUUCACACACAACAAGACAGGAUGCCAGAUGACCUUUGAUGACGACUAUAGCGCUUAUUGGGUUUACUUCAUCAACUUCUUGGGGACGCUGGCAGUUCUGCCUGGCAACAUCGUGUCUGCCCUUCUCAUGGAUAAAAUUGGCCGUCUGUCCAUGUUGGGGGGCUCAAUGGUCCUUUCAGGCAUCAGCUGUUUCUUCUUGUGGUUCGGCACAAGCGAGUCCAUGAUGAUUUUCAUGCUGUGCCUGUACAACGGCCUGAGCAUUUCUGCCUGGAACUCCCUGGAUGUGGUGACGACUGAGUCAUUCCCCACUGUCAGGAGAGGAACAGGCUUUGGCUUUUGCAAUGCUCUGUGUAAGCUGGCUGCAGUCCUGGGGAACCUGUUCUUUGGGUCUUUGGUUGGCAUCACAAAGGCCAUCCCCAUCCUCAUGGCCUCAUCUGUGCUGGUCGGAGGAGGCCUGGUUGGACUUCGGUUGCCUGACACCAGGGCAAAUGUUCUCAUGUAACAUGAGCCUCAAGUCCAUCAGCUGGAAUAUUGCUUAGAUUAAACCUGGGUAGAUCUGAAAGGAUAUCCAGGGAGUCCUGAGCAAGGAGUGCAAAUGGCUUGGUUCACACAGUUCUUAACUCUGUUAAUUACAUUUACCAAAUGUAGUAUCACCCACUUAAGAUGUUGUUAUGAGUUGUUAUCACUACUAUUAGACUGCUUCAAAGGGGGCUAACUGCAUUUACUGGUUGGCCGAAAGGUGUAUACUCAUCUAGUAUAUCAAAAGUCUCCGGUGUCAGAUGGUGUGUUAGCAGACCUUUGAUUUGACUGCAAGUCUGGGGUUUCAUUUAUGGAAGGAAACUAGAAAAGAUGUGAAGAAAAAUCAUGAUAGGUGCACAUGACAAAAGUUAUUUUCAUUAAAUGUACUCAGAUUUGACUCCAGGUCUCAUAUAGGACAAAAACCUCCAGUCCCCUGGGAAGAAUACCCAUCCAUUCUACCCCAGACACCUCCUGAUGCAAAUUUUAUUUCUCCUCGUAUUUCAGCUGAUUUCUUCCAAUGCUCUGCUUCUUUCAUAAAAACAAUGGGCACGGGUUGUUCCACCUUAAUCAAUGGUAGAAGCCCACUUAACUAAUAAGCAGGUACAGUAGAGCCUGACUACCUCAUGCAUACGCUUCUAAUGACAAUUGAUAACAGCAAUUAAAUAUACCCAGAUUUUUUAAGUCAAUUUCUUUCUUUCAUGGAUCGAACAGCUAAGGAGGGCCAGGAGAUGUGGGGAGUAGAUUGUGGGGGAUGUCAUGUAGCAAAGGGUCGUGGGUGAGAGUCGAACCAACAGCUGCUUUGGCGAGGACUCUAGCCGCUCAGCUAAACCUGCGCCCCGGCUGAUACCCCUGAUUAAGCUAAUUAGCAGUCCAUCUAUCGCAGCUACUUUACCGAUGUUCUAUUUGGAGCCCUCUCAUGUCAGAGUUUGCUCAGGUUGGAUGGGAUGUGAGACUUUUGUUCAGUGGCUGGUUGAACUUUCCAGCUGCAGCCAUAAACCUGCACGGAGUCACUGCACGGUUAAAGCUCAAGGUUUUUAAUAUUGAUACGGCCUGAUUAAGACAUGCCAGAUGGGGAGAAACAGGAAAAACAAGCUGUAAUGAGCACCGUCAACCUGCUGUGUGAGAAAGUUGGGAAUAGAUGAUCAGACAGAGCGGUCACACCACACAGCUGGAAAACAGCUGGCUGGCCCACAGGACCUGCAUACACAGGACAUGUUGAAGACCAAGUGCAGAAAAUCAACAUACACAAAUAUUUAGUAAUGUUUUAGAAUAGACUGGUAGUCACAUAUACCUUGACUCUACAGAACAUACUGUAUUUUUUCAAUGUACCGUAAGCUCAGAUAUCAGCAACCUUUCAAAACAUGUAAUUCAUGUCGUAAACCAAGCCAUUUGCAAUUCCUACUCAACCAGGAAUCAAAAAGGCCAUAUUGAAAACUGUAUUUUCUUGAACCAACAAUUCUACGGUGUGUUGUAUAUGCAGCUGCUAUCAUUAUUUUUCUUCUGUGUUUUAGUCGGAGUCAGGAUGAUGAAAUAUUCUUUCAAUCCAAUUGUUGUGCCUCCAGGUCCUCCCUCAUGUGUUUUAUUGUUGUACAAAGGCUCUCUGGUGAGCUCUCUUUCUGAUUUCUCUUGUGUUGGGUCUCGCUUGUGGCAUUGACGUGGAUUAUGACAUGUCAUGCUGCCUCCUUUUAAAAAAAUACUGAAUGGCCUUUUUAAAAUGUGCCUCUCCUCAACUGGAGCAGUCUGCUCAGUCAUGAGAUGUCUAAAUAUAAGGGUCAGAUGGAAACUGAAUUGGAGGAAAGUAAAUAUGAUAAUCAUGGCUUUAAUGUUUAUUUAUAAAUUAUCUGGCCAAUACAGUUCUUUAUUUGGGUGUGAAUUCCUUUAACACUGCAUCUCUUUUGUUAGAUAUUCCUGUUUUGAUAAAACGUUAUUGUUGUGGGAUUAGUCUACUAUAUAAUACUAUCCAAUUUUUAUGAAUCAGAGUAAUGUCUAAAAGUGUAAGUCAUUAUGCACAGCCACAAAAUAAUGAUGUAAAAAAAAAAAGUCCUUUGGGAGGGUUGAUUGGGGGCAAAUCACAAUAAAAAAAUAUCUCCUAAGAAAAACUUUAAGCAAUUGGACCUUGUACCUUAAAUCAGCGGGCAAAAAUUCAUCUAAAUUUGUAACAUCUGAGGUUGCCAAACAAUAUAUAUCUUUGUAAUAUGAAAUUAAUCUCCAUGAUUUCUUGACAUUUGUCUAUAAUUUAAUUUAGCCUAAAUCUCGCACUUGAAAACAUAACCUACCUUGUAGUUAAUAAUUAUUUAUUUACUGUUUUAACAUUGACACCUCAAUGCAUACUGCUAAAUAUAAUACUAAUACUAAUACUACUACUAUUACUAAUAAUAAUAAUAAUAAUAAUAAUAAUAAUAAUAUAUAAUAGGGUUCCAAUAGGGCUCUCGCACCACGUUUCAGUGCUCGGCCCUGAUAAAGAGUUGAAAAUAAAGAUAAGGUCAUGUUGCUACUUAAAAAAGGUUGCGAUACAUCCAAGGAUCUGAACAGAUGGAGAUAUUUUUCAGAUUUGUAGCUCCUGGUCUAGUUGUAUUUUCAGUGGCUAAAAGCCUGUGUCUUCCUGCUUUUCUCUGUAUUUGUAAUAUCUGUGAUUGCAGUGUAGAGGUAGUUUGUCCUUGCUCUGCAGUUGGCUCCGUCAAGGCUACUCAACACGAAAACCCCCUGCAGGCUUCUAAAACUGGCCUGUAUGUGUGCAUCCUUUUCCACAGUUUGUGCUCAUAAUUUGUAAAAUCAGUCGAAAAAACGUAAGGUGUUGCAUUUAUGAAACAGAUACUUUUUUGACUUUAUAGUUUUUAAAACAGAAUAAUUGUGUUCUCAUCCUAGAUAAAUGCACUAAGAUAAAAUGUAGAGCCUUUUUCCGGGGUCACUUGAAUGCUACUAACUGCAGUCCGUAGAAAUAAUAACUUAAGAAUCAAUCUGUUCUGGAUAUGGCAGAUCAUCUCAUUGUGUUAUUUUGGGGAGAAAGCAUAUUACCUUUGAGGUAUGUGGAGUAUUACUUAUUUUCACCGUAUUUAAGUUUGUGUGCGAGUGGGUAUAAGAGAGGUUUAGUGUGGUUGUGUGUGUGUGUUUGUGUAAAUAAUGUACAUAUCAAAACUGAUAUUGGUGGCGUCUGGGUUCAAUGUGUAAAAGCUCCUUGACUGACUCAUGUGUCUCAUGCUUUGUCCAAGCGAUAUGUCCAUCCACUGUAUCUCUACUGUACAUCUCUGUGUGCCCUUGUUCACCACCCAAACUGUGUGUGCGCUUGUGUGUGUGUGUUCACAAGCUUGCAUGUAUGUAAGAAAACUUAUGUUCUUGUGUGCUAAACUUUGUGUUAUUAUUGUAAAUUAUUCUUCUGGCAGUAAAUGAUGGCAAUAUUCUGGUUUUUGUUGGAGAAAAAUGUGAAUGUAUCACUCUUGUAAGUUUUGUUUAUUUAUGGAGAUAAUCAAAUGUACGUGGAGAAUAAAGUCUUGUUAAUUAUUGUGAAGGCUCAGCCAUUAUGACUGAAUCUUCAGAGAUCUAUGAGUGUGAAAAUCUGUGGAGAGAUAUUUGCCAAAUGAUGCCCUGUGAAUAAUGUUAAAAACAGGAAGCGUUGGGACUGCAGAUCAUGCUGCUUUUGAAC